CAUAUCAUAUCAUUAUAUCAUAUAGUUUGACCAAUUUAUGUAUCUAACAACAUAUAAAAAACGAAUGUGGACCUACUUAUUUUUCAAUUGAAUGUAAUUGACUACCUAAUUGAGUGCCACCUAUGCAUUGGGGUCUCUUUUAAUUAAUACAAAAUUGAGGUUACAUCUUUUCAAAUGUUCCUCAAUUAAUAUAUAAGGGAUGAACGUCUAGCAACUAGCACAUGCACAUUUUCCAAAGUAUUACAAUUCACAAAGAUCAUAUUUUGCUUAAAUUCGGAUAAUGCUGUUCAUUUAACUUUGCAAUUUUAGUUUCAACGACUAAGCAUGCACUAUCUCACAUUAAAAAAAAAGCUGAACUCAUGUGCAUUGCAUGUGAACAUUGGUGAGUAUCAAUUAAUUAAUUACAAAUUAAAAUAUUUAAUAUAUAAAUCCAAUUGAUGAGUAAGUCUAUAUCCACUACUUUUCUCAAAAAAUCCAAUUAUAUAAAAAGAUGUUGCUUCUCUCCUGUGUUGCCACCUAGGAUCCAGCUAGAAAAGUCUGUUCUUAUAAGCGUGACACGUGACCCAUCCUCUUAUAAGCGGAUCGUUUCAUUAAGUCAGGUAUAUUGGACUUCUCUUGGUUAUCUGCUAAACUUAUACGAUUAUAUUAUGUGUGGGCUUUGUUUAAUGUGUUAUGGGAUUAGUAAGAAACAAAAGCGUGGCCAGUUUUCGCCGUCACUUUCUCCCAGAAUUUAGGGAUCAUCAACUCCUCCGAAAUCUGAUUACGGUUCUAACAAUGGAGGUACUGAGAGGUCGUGUGAGAGGAGACUUCGUGAGUAAUCUAUGUGUCGAUGUCUGAUUGUGUCGUUACGGUAUCGAUUCUUCACCACAGAACCGUUACAAGUUGCUUUGAUUCAACGUCAUUAAUUAUUUCCUACCCACUACAGCCAGGAUCUCUCAUUCAAUGAAUCCUAAUCUUCUUCCAUACGGUGAUUCUCCACCUAUAUAAAGGUAAGGCUUCAUCCUUUGAGUAUCAUCCUCCCAAUUUCUAAUAUCAAAAGAAUUUUUUUUUCCGGGUAUAAUGGCUACCUCAUCUAUCCUACUCUCUAAUUUGAAGGAUGUAUGUUGUUCUUCAAUGGUAUCGGUGCAGGUCAGGUUUUGGGAAGCAAGAAACGUGGUGAGGAGUACAGUCUCCGCCUAGACACUAAUGUUGUCCAUUCUUUAAACUCAUGAGUCAUGCUCAUCGUAGUUCUAAAAUAUAAUCCUGCACAUGAUCUCAAAAUUUCCAGCUUUUUCAAUCCAAACAUUUAUUUCAUUCUUUGCGAGAUAGUUUCAAUACUUUUUGUUGAUGAGGUUUUAUUCUCCACACGUGUUUCAGGCGAUUAUACGACGGCAAGCUGGGAAGCUGUGUGUUCUUUUGUAGACGCCAUCAAUGGUAGAGAUUCAGAGAGACUGUCGUGAAAUAUAGUUCUAUUGAAAACAUGAGAAAUAUCAAAUUAAGGAGUUCAGACAACAGUGUAGACACAAUGGAAGGUCAAUUUCUUUAUUUUUUUCUGUGAUUAUGAAUUGAUGGCUAUUGCUUGAAUGUAAUUAGAGUUUAAUAUAUGUCACAUUCAGUCUUUGAUUUGUAUUUUGGUUCUUAUUGGUUCUGUUUCUUCCUUGGCCAGAACAAAGUGAUGUAGGUUGCUCUUGGUCGUUCCUCUUCUGAUGAAAUCCAUCAUGCCAACUUCAAAUCUUCCAAGGUUGUGUUACUCUGCUUCUUACAUUUUUUUUGUGGUCUAAAGCUUCUUACAAUAUUUGUUUUAUAUUACUUGGUAUUUUACAUAUUUUUUUUGGAAUAUUAUUUCAUCUGCGACAUGGUGAUGAUGGACUGCUUAUUAUUGAUAUGCCAAAGGAAGAGGUUGAAAGAUGGAACAACAACUAAGAUAAUAAGAAGAAGAGAGUAAAGGGAUGAUGAGGAAACACAAGUCUUUUGCAGAGCUAUAAUGAGAUUUGUCAGAUGGAGAGACCAAAAAGAAUAAAAAUCAUGUACAUGGCUAACUAUCAGACUUGAGAACUCUGUGUUAUUUACUUCUUCUAUAAAAAACUCCAUCAUUUCCUGUGGCAUGUUACAAUAUAAACCCAGUAUGAGUUUCACCACGAGUGUUGUGAAGUGCUUGAAGAGGAGAACAAAAGAUUAGAGUGAAGUAGGAAUCUAUCAUGCAUCUGACCCAACUUGAUGUGGUCAUUAGAUCAGCAACUGAACCAGAGGUUAACCCAAAGCCCUACUCAACCAGCCAAGACGCAAACCAGGACAUACAUGCACUAAAAAUACCAUAUCUUACAAACCAAGAGGGUUUAAAUCACGAGGAUAAUUUGUAUGGAUUCUACACUCAAGAAGGAGUCCAGGUCAAUUGGAAUUGGGUCAAAAUAUUCACGGAGCAAGAAGUUAUGAAUUUUACAAGUCAGAGGUUUCUCAGCCCGUCCAUCUGCGAGUACCCGACUUUAGAAGCAGAUUCAAGUCCAAAGAAGGAGCGGCCUGAACCAAAUCCCAUCAUAGGAUUCAAGAGGGAUCUCUCAUAUUUCCAAAAAGCUCAAUAUCAGGAGAAAUGGCCACGGAAUUAUGAAAUUAUGAUCCAAUCUCCAAAACCGGCCAAACCAGUUCUACACUUGCCUCAAUUGGAAGCUAGCCGGUUCAAUCAGCUUCAAACCAGAAAUUGGCGACCAGAAGAUCAUUUCAACCAAUCAGGAGACAUCAUACACGGCCAAGAGGAGUUCUACAAUUCCAUACCAUGCACCAGCAGCCAUUGGAUCAGGAGGAUCCUCAUUUACUCAAACCUGCCUUAUUUGGAGCAAAACGACAUUAAUAUCAAACAGCUCUUUCCUCUUCAGUUUAGGCACGACCUCAGCACAUUCCAAGCAGUCAAGAAGGUUCCCAGGAAGCUUACCUAUCCCCUUAAACCAUCCAGGUUCAAGAAAGAUCAGAUUCUUUACUUGGAGCCAAAAUCCCACAAAAGACUCCAACGGCUAGUUUUCGAUUUCUUUCUUAGUUUUGAUUUGUUUCCUUUUCUAUUUAUUUUAGAACGUUAGGACCUUUGUCUCUGAGACUUAUAUAAGCUCCUAGACGUCCAGUCUAAAGAGGAACCCUUAAUCACCAAGUUAAUAAAAAGUUUAUUCAGUUUUAUCAAAGUUGUUCUUUGUAUAAAAUAUCGGUCUUUAGGAUUCAAAGAGAGAUUCUUUGUUGUCUUAUUGAUUUCGUGAGUCUAGUUUGUUUGUGCAAAUCAAACAAGCUCAGUACACAUAUUGAGAGAGUCAAUCACUUCGAUCCAUCAUUCCAUCAGAUUGAGAGAUUCAAUCAAACCUUCCUCCGCAAAUCCACUUCAGUUCAUCAUCUAAUCAAGCUGAGAGUGAUACUCAUCAAGUAGAUUGAUUCUAUCCUAUCUUUUGUUUAUUUAUCUUGUUUUAUUAUCAUUAUCAUCAUCAUCUCAUUUGUUUUCAUAUUUAUUUCUGUUGCAUCAUAAAAACUCUAAAAACUUAUAAAAAUCGGUUCUCUUUGUUCUCAGGUUGUAGCUUGGAUCCAACCUCUAUCAAUUUGUGGGUUACCCCCCCUGUGCCUACAACAUUUUGGUAUCAGAGCUGAAGCUCCUGAAUCAGGUCACUCUAUCCUUGCAUCAUUCAUAUUUGUUUGCAUUUGUUUUCAUUUAAAAAAAAAACAGUUUUUGCAUUGUUAUUGUUGUUCUUAAGAAAAGAAAACUAAAGAAGAAGGAGUUGUCUAGUUUGAACCACGAAAUUCUUUUGAAAUACUUGUCUAGUUGUUUGCAUUCAUUCACCCAGCUCCACUUGCCAUAUUUAGAUUUUGUGCAUUCAUUUAAAAAAAAAAUCUGCAUUUCCAUAUUUGUUUCUUGCAUAAGAAAAUUCAAAAAAAAAUAUAUAAGUGUUAGUUUUCUUUCCAUAUUUUAUUUUCACUUGUGUUAAUUGUCAUUCCGUAUUGAUUCAUUUCGUUUUUGCAUUGAGAAAACCAAAAGAAAAAUUAUUUUAGCAUAGUUUAUUUCAUUUCGGUUCAUAAUUGUAAUUUUUUCGGUUUAAUUUUAAUUAGCUUGCAUUUUUGGUUCUUAUUUUGAUUUGACCAGGAUUUUCCAUACCUUCACUUGAUCUUUGAGAGUGUUUUCAGGAAGCCAUGGUAGGAAAAACACACGGCCAAAGUAAGAUGGCCAAACAGAACCAACAGUUGACAGCUUUUCAAGAGAUCAAUGAUCGGAUUUCUCAGUUGAGGAAAAGAAACAAGGCACGAGUCCAACGUCCACAGCAAGGAGAAAGGAUAUUUGGAGAUGCACCAGAGGCUGUCUAUGUCGAGCCCAAGCCACCAGAUCCUUCAAGGAUCAAUCAACAUCCAACUUCUCAAACCCAUACUCUUCAUGUUGCUAAUUCUCGGUUUGAUCAUAAAUCUUUUGCUGAUAAAAUUGAAUUCUUUACAUUUUCAGGAGGAAGAAGCUACCUAUUUUGGGAGAGGAACCUUGAUGAAUGGUUUCACAACAACAACAUUCUGAAAGAAGAGAGACUAUCUUAUGCCAUUGAUCAACUAAGAGGUAAUGCCUUUAAAUGGUGGGUACAAGAAGAAGAUGAUAGAUGGUUUUACAAGGAGCCAGCUAUCAAAACGUGGAGAGAUCUUAAGGAAGCCAUGAGGGAUGAAUUUUCACCAGAACUCACAAGUUCUAAGAUCCGAAGAUAUACCCAAGGAGGUAUCUAACUCAUGUUUCCAAAGAAAAGCCAGAACCUGUUAUUGUCCAAGUAAAGGCCAAGGUAAGUCCUAUACUUGAUAAAUUUGUUUAUAAAUCAUCUCCCACUGGUAUGAGUCACUUGUCUUUGUCCAAGAAUGUUAAGACAGGUCCUGAGGUCCAGAAAGACACGAACUCAACAUCCUUGUUGGAAUCAAAAGCUGUCCAUGACUUAAGUAAUAAAGAGAUUCCAAGUCCAAAGAAAGAAGAGACAACAAGCCAAUGUAAGUCUUCUAACUCUAAAAAUUUAAAAGAUCAGACAUGUUAUAGAUGUCAUAAAAGAGGACACUUUGCUGUAGUUUGUCCAAGUAAACAAGUAUUAAUAGAGACAUCACUAGAAAAGAAAACAGAUUUAUCUUUGAAAAGUGAUAGUUUUAUUCAAUCUGAUUUAUUGGUUCCAAAUUCUUGUAUAAUGCACUUGUCUUUGUCAAAGGGUGUUGUAACAGGACUUAAGGAGCAAUAAUUUAAAGAAGAAGAACCACCAGGCGUGACUCUUGUGAUGGACCAGAAGAUCGUUCAAGAGACAAUGCAGUCCAUAUUGCUUAAAGAAGCAAAACCAAAACAAUACCAAGGUAAGGCUUUAGAAUCUCAAAAGAGAAUGAAAGCUGACUUGCUCUAUUUUGGUGCAGAAUAUACAGUUUCGAGGUCGAAACCUUGUCAAGAGGGAGGGGAUGAUGUGGUUGUCAGAUCAGCAACUGAACCAGAGGUUAACCCAAAGCCCUACUCAACCAGCCAAGAUGAAAACCAGGACAUACAUGCACUAAAAAUGUCAUAUCUUACAAACCAGGAGGGUUUAAAUCACGAGGAUAAUUUGUAUGGAUUCUACACUCAAGAAGGAGUCCAGGACAAUUGGAAUUGGGUCAAAAUAUUCACGGAGCAAGAAGUUAUGAAUUUUACAAGUCAGAGGUUUCUCAGCCCGUCCAUCUGCGAGUACCCGACUUUAGAAGCAGAUUCAAGUCCAAAGAAAAAGCGGCCUGAACCAAAGCCCAUCAUAGGAUUCAAGAGGGAUCUCUCAUCUUUCCAAAAAGCUCAAUAUCAAGAGAAAUGGCCACGGAAUUAUGAAGUUAUGAUCCAAUCUCCAAAACCGGCCAAACCAGUUCUACACUUGCCUCAAUUGGAAGCUAGCCGGUUCAAUCAGCUUCAAACCAGAAAUUGGCGACCAGAAGAUCAUUUCAACCAAUCAGGAGACAUCAUACACGGACAAGAGGAGUUCUACAAUUCAAUACCAUGCACCAGCAGCCAUUGGAUCAGGAGGAUCCUCAUUUACUCAAACCUGCCUUAUUUGGAGCAAACCGACAUUAAUAUCCAACAGCUCUUUCCUCUUCAGUUUAGGCACGACCUCAGCACAUUCCAAGCAGUCAAGAAGGCUCCCAGGAAGCUUACUUAUCCCCUUAAACCAUCUAGGUUCAAGAAAGAUCAGAUUCUUUACUUGGAGCCAAAAUCCCACAAAAGGCUCCAACGGCUAGUUUUCGAUUUCUUUCUUAGUUUUGAUUUGUUUCCUUUUCUAUUUAUUUUAGAACGUUAGGACCUUUGUGUCUGAGCCUUAUAUAAGCUCCUAGACGUCCAGUGUAAAGAGGAACCCUUAAUCACCAAGUUAAUAAAAAGUUUAUUCAGUUUUAUCAAAGUUGUUCUUUGUAUAAAAUAUCGGUCUUUAGGAUUCAAAGAGAGAUUCUUUGUUGUCUUAUUGAUUUCGUGAGUUUAGUUUGUUUGUGCAAAUCAAACAAGCUCAGUACACAGAUUGAGAGAGUCAAUCACUUCGAUCCAUCAUUCCAUCAGACUGAGAGAUUCAAUCAAACCUUCCUCCGCAAAUCCACUUCAGUUCAUCAUCUAAUCAAGCUGAGAGUGAUACACAUCCAGCAGCUUGAUUUCAUCCUAUCCUUUGUUUAUUUAUCUUGUUUUAUUAUCAUUAUCAUCAUCAUCUCAUUCGUUUUCAUAUUUAUUUCUGUUUGCAUCAUAAAAACUCUAAAAACUUAUAAAAAUCGGUUCUCUUUGUUCUCAGGUUGUAGCUUGGAUCCAACCUCUAUCAAUUCGUGGGUUACCCUAGGUCUCUGUACUUCUCCAACCUAUCUUAAUUUACCCUAGGUCUCUGUACUUCUCCAACCAACAUAACCCACCCACGAUCUCACCUCUGGUAAUCACUAAUCACACCUUUCAUUCUAUUCGUUUCCAUUAUAUCGUGUUAGCCAUUAAUAAAUUUCAAAUUUUGAACACUGCAAAUCAUAAAUACUUACCAUUAAAAAAUCAGAAAGCCAUUGGUCAUACUUUUUUUUUGUCAUCUAUGAAUUGCAUUUAACGAAAGUUGAGGUACAACAAGGAUGAUCCUAGACAUGUAUGCACUUUACCAAAAUCAGAUUAACCAACAUCAUAAGCUGAUUUGUCCAGCUAUGACAAGGGUCCAAAUCUUAAGAAACUAUAAAGGAUCCUGAUCACUCCAACUAUGAAGGCAAGCAAAAUAUAUUUUAUCACGUAUAAUCUAUGUUCACCUAGAAUUUUCUAAAAGAUAAAAAUUGUUAUCAUAUACAUUUUUUUUUGGAAGAAACCAAAGACACAAACCAACAAAUCAUACAAAAAAAUAAUAACCUAGAAUACAAGUAAAAUAUAUCCCGUCCGUAGGGCGGGCCGACCCUAGUAGUCUAUAUAACUAAGUACACUGACAUACAUAAUAAUGUGGACUAUAUAAACUCAUUAAAUAAUAAUAAAUCAUUUGAUAGCUAUUUGAGCUGUGAACCUUUUCAGAAAUAAGAUUCUUAAUAAAAAUAUACUAACUGGCAAUUCUGGUAGUUUAACAUUGAUUAUCUACUUAGCUUGUUAAAUACAAAAUCUGUUAAUUUAAGCUUCUUCAGGUUAACUUAAUUUGUAUGCUAAUCAU